UGAAAAAGAAAACCGAAAAAUUAAAAGUUUUAAUUGUACAAAUGUAACAGUAACAAAGUAAAAGUCAAAAGUCAGUAAGUGAAAAAGUGGUUAAAGUUGUUCAGUAAAUCCGAUUUCGGUCGCGAAAAGUGCGAAAAAGUCCGCAAAAGUCCAAGCAAAAAAGUCAAAUAAUUAACUCUCUCCUGCGUGUGCGUCUGUGUGUGUGCGUGUCCUUAACUGUGUGUGUGAGGGGGAGAGAGCGGGAGAACACAAAGAAUUUUUCCAAUUGCUCACAGACUCUCUCUCUCUCGCUCUCUGUUGUCUCUCUCGUUCGCGUCUAAAAAUUAAUUAAAAAUAAUGUAUAACCAACAAUUAAACAGUUGCACACACACAAUAUAAUCAAAAAUUAAAAAGAUAAAUGCUUAUAAAAGAAAUGAAGAAACGCCAAGAAACGAGUUGCCCGCAUCGGCGUAAGGCGAACCCAUGGUCAUCGACAUGGAAUCAGACGAUUCUCGUGCCAGUUCGCCGUCCAAUUCAUCGGAGUCGCGUUCGAAUUCGCCCACCAAUGACAAGGAGGAGGUUGCUGCCGAUCAGGCCGAGGAAUCGGUGGGCGGAGGCGCCACAAUGGAUCGAUCCGUUCGAGCGGCCUCCACCAGCAGCUCGUCGUCGAACUCGAGCUCCAGUUCGAGUCGCAGUGAGUUGUCCAAGAAGCAGAAGAAGAGCUCGAGCAGCAGCAGUGGCAGCGGCAGUGGAAGCAGCUCUUCGAGCGGUUCCUCGAGCGAGGACGAGCCCGAUCAGGAGCAGGACCGCCAGGAGCAACCGUCCGAGCAGCAGCAGCACCUCCAGCAGCAUCACCAGCAGCAGCAGCUCCACCGAAACGAACCUGAACCAGAGCCUGAAGCGGAUCGCGAAUCGCCUGCUGCUGUAACAGAGUCGGCGGAGUCGGUGGAGCAACCCGGUUCCCCCAGUGCGAAAUCGCAGCCCAGCUCGUUCCUCUCCUCCGUUCGCAGCCGGAGCAACAGUCCCCAGCAGCAGCUGUACAACCAGGCGGCCGUGGAUCUGAACAUCAGCCACGAGGACCUGAGCGAUGUGAGCGACAUCGAGGCGGAGGAGAAGCAGGCACCGGCCAAGAACUCCUCGCUGCAUCCGGCGGACGAGGACGAGGAUGGCGCCAUCUCCAAUGACUCACUGCCCGGCUUGGGCGAGGAGGACGAGUUGCGGCGGCAGCAGCAGGAGGUCAAGCAGAACGGCAGGACGACCAGCGGGGAUGAGGAGAAGGCUUCCGCCAAGGAGACCAAACAGCCCGACGAAGCAUCCAAUGGACGAGUGCCUGCGUCCGCCAUGGAGGAGGACUUGGUGAAGACGCACGACGACGACGCCCUGGACUUCGAGGCGGAGGAGGGCGAGUGUCCGGAGCCGGUGAAGGAGAAGCCGUCGGAGAGCAAAGCCAACGAAACAAACCUAGCCAAAGGCACGGCCAAAAAGGCGCAGGACGACGACGACGACGAGGAUGACGGCGAGGUGGAUGGCGACGAGGACGACGACAGCAUGGACAAGGAAAAGCGCAAGGACAACGGCAACGGCAGCCUGGAGGAGGGCGAGGAGGGCAAGGACGCCAAGGACAAGACGGCGGCGGCGGCGGCGGCACUUAGCAAGCGGAAAAAGGACGAGGAGGAGCUGGAGGAGGGCGAGGUGUCCGACGAGGAUGAGAAGCGGCCGGAGGAGACGGAACCGAAGCCGGUCUGCCGCUUCUACACGCGCGGCCAGUGCACCUGGGGCAUGAGCUGCCGCUUCCUGCAUCCGGGCGUCACGGACAAGGGCAACUACACGAUGUUCGAGAGUCUGGUGCGCUCGGUGCCCAUCCAGGGUGGCUCGGCGGGAGCGGGAGCCUCCGGAGCGGGAUCCUCGGCUGCAGCUGCAGCUCGAGCGGGAGCCGGCGGCGCCUAUGGCUCGCAUGCUGCGGCGGCGGCGGUGGGCGGCGACUAUCACGAUUAUCGGAACGAGCGACCGCCGCUGCACCAUCGGCCGGCGCUGCUCCAUGCGCCCAGUAUUUACGGCGGCCACGUGCACGACUCCCGUCCACUGCUGCCCGACGGACCCGUCGUCGUGGAGAACGCCUGGGAGCGCGGCCUGCGCACCGCCAAGGAGAUGAUGCGCAAGGCCAACAAGCGCAAGGAGCAGGACAUGGACUUCGAGGACAAGAAGAUGAACCUCACGCUCUCGCCCGACGAAAUGGAGAAGGACCCGUACUACCUCAAGGAUCGCGGCGGCAGCAGUGCCCGCUCGCCGCCCCCGCCCUCGACGUCCGCUCGCGAGCAGCCACUCAAUCCGCUCAGCCUGCCGCCGCUGCCGAUGCACCCGCAUGCGGUGCCACACGCCAGUCCGCGCAGCCUCCUGCCCCUGCAGUACUCCGUCUACGGCCCGCCGCCGGAUCGCUACGGCCGCCAGUACAUGCCGCCGCAGUACGAGGACGUGGACGCCUACGGAAGGAUGGCGCGUUACCGCGAACUGCCGCCCCACCGGAUGCCGCACUACGAGGACGACCGGCGGUUGCGGCCCGCCCGCGAGGUCAUCGUGCAGCGGGUGGAGGCAGCCGGCCGGGGCGACGAGUGGAGCGACCCCUGGAUGAGAUCCAAGUCGAUGGGUCGGGGAUCCUACGACCGGGACGACCGGAGGCGAAGGGACAGGCGCAGCUACAGCAGCAACUCGUCGUACUCGACGUCGAACAGCUCGCAGAGCGACUCCAGCUCGGACUCGUCGCGGUCGAGCAGUCCGUCGGAGCACAAGCGGCGCUACGGCGGCAGUGGCAGUGGGCACAAGUUGGCCGCCGCCUCCGCCUCCUCGAGACGACAUGCUGGCCGGACGGCCCGAUCGCCCAGCCAGAUACCGCGUCGACCCAGGCACUCUUCCAAAGGGAGCUUGUCGCCCUCGUACAAGCGACCCGCUUUGGAGAAGCGCGGCGGCGUAGGCCACAGUCCCGCCUCCAAGCGAAAGAAGCUCUCCUCGCCGGCGCCCAAGAAGUUUGACAAGUUGAGACGUCGCCGCAGUUCCAGCUCUUCCGACUCAGACUCAUCGGAUACCUCGUACUCCGAAUCGGAGUCGGGCUCCUCGUCGUCGGACAGCUCGUCGGGAUCGAGGGACACGCCCCAGAAGCGAGUGAGGGCCACCGACAAGGCGCUCAAUGAGCGAAAGCUUAUCAAGAAGCCCGCUGAACAAGCAACCAAGAAGCGUUCGCCCAUUUCCAUUGAGAUUAAGAAAACGUCGAACAUGGUGGGUGUUUCGGCGCUGGCCUCACCCAACAACUCAGCCGACUCCGACAAGGAGAAGGAGCACGGCAAUGGCAAUGGCAAGGACAAGGAGAAGGACCACAGCAAGGACAAGGAUAAGGAUAUCAAGGAGAAGGACCACAGCAAGGAUAAAGAGAAAGACGGCGGCGGCGGCAAGGACAAAGACGGCAAGAAAUCGCGCAGAGAAGAGCUACUCAAGCAGCUGCGGGCCGUCGAGGAUGCGAUCGCCAAGAAGCGCUCCAAGCUAAACUGAUCCAACUGGUUACUGUCGUCUGUCGUCCUCGUUGCAAUCCUCUUCCUCUCCCCCAUCGAUCCCUAUUGGAUCCCCACCCAUACAUGCCCCGAUCGGAAUCAAUUCUUAGUGUUUACGCAACAUUCGCAUCGUAUUCAAUAUUGCCUUGGCCCAUCUGCAGCCACUCAAUGCAAUAUCCAAUUCAAUGCAUUUAGGUUUAAGAAUCAUUAUGUCCCUUUUUUUCCUUCCUUCCCCUGACUAUCGCCAAUGAUGGAGCAUUAAAUACUAUGUUUAUAAUAGAUUAUAAAAAAAAGCCAACACACACUGACUAUGUGAAAUAUUCAUCAAAAUUACAUUGAAAAGUAAAGUUUAAUUUCGAA